UCAAGUUAACAAACAAAAAUGGAGGAAGAGACUGAGGAAAAUCUUACACCAACAGAAGAUUCACAGAAAUCUCCCAGCGUUUUACCUUGGGAUAGAUUUUCUAACUGGCUACAUUGCGCCUGUGUUGUCACCUUUGAUUUAGAACUCGGGCAGGCGAUGGAGAUUAUCUACCCAAGCCACAUAAGGAUGACUGAAAAGGAGAAAAUGAACAUUUGUUACCUAUCUUUUCCGGACUCAAAUUCAGGCUGUAUGGGUGACACCCAGUUCCAUUUCCGAAUUCGCCAGUGCCCAGGCAGGAAGCAAGUCAUUAAAUCUCAUAUGGAGUUCAACAACGACUGCCCCCAACAACUUAAGAGUGAAGAUGCUCACUACUAUGGCUUUGUGUUCUUCCGUCAAACCAAAGACAAAUCUAUACGCAGGGGAUAUUUCCAAAAAUCAGUGGUGCUGAUCUCACGUCUACCUUUUGUGGCACUGUUCUCCCAGCUAGUCAGCAUUGUUGCCCCAGAGUACUUUGAUAAUGGGGAGCCUAGCCUAGAGGCCGCAUGUCAUGACAUAGACCAGUGGGCCCCCCCUGUCUCUGGGGACACCAUGAACCUGCCUAUCUUCGGUACAGUCCUCCAGGUGCGGAUGCCGUCUCGCAGUGAUAAGCUUGUAGGCUCCUUACAGAGUCGACCUCAAACCCUGCCAGUGCUGCCUGCUCACAGUGUUCUGCCAUCCUUGUUUGAGGUGGACAUCUACAGUGCAUUUCUAAGCAUCCUACCUCACAUACAAAUGUUAUGGGAACUUGUCCUCACCGGGGAGCCCCUGGUGGUGAUGGCUGCCUCCCCAUCAAUAACAUCAAACACUGUGCAAUCUCUCGUCAGCCUGAUAUCCCCUCUCCACUUCUGCUCCGACUAUCGUCCAUAUUUCACCAUACACGACAGCGAGUUCAAAGAAUACACUACCAAAACACAGGCGCCUCCAUCUGUGAUUCUUGGUGUGACAAACCCGUUCUUUGCCAAAACCUUACAACACUGGCCUCACAUCAUACGCAUAGGGGAAAUGUCCCAUGAAGCUGUGCCAAAGGGAUUCAACAAGCUCAAAAAGGCCUCAUCCUUGAAAACCCUGGACUGUAAACCAGGAGUAUAUACUCAGUAUAAGCCAUUCUUGGUGAAAGAUAAGGGUAUUUUAAAGAGAUUAAUCAAAGGUAUACAGUCAAAACGUCCUGUAGAAGCUCAAAACGCCAUCCUCAGACGGCACUUCCUGGAACUCACACAGAGCUUCAUGAUCCCUCUGGAGCGUUACGUGGCGAGCCUGAUGCCUCUACAGAGGAAUAUUUCCCCUCACAAGGGCCCGCCCAGCAUGAGCCAGUUUGAAGCGGACGGUUUCUUGCGUACACUCAACCAGGCCGGACCCCAGCUUACCUCCGGGGUCAAGGGAGAGUGGGAGGGGCUGUACAGGAGGUUUUUCCGGUCUGCAAACUUCGAGGGUUGGCUUCUACAUCGGCAGUACGAGGUGAACCAGAAACUACAGCUGCUACACAUGGAGGCCCUCUGCCAGGCUAAUCUGGUGGACUGGAUCCAGGACAAGGAGGAGGUGGAGAUAGUGGAUUUGAUACUCCGCAUACGGGAAAAACUGAAGUUUGCCACCAGCCAAAGUAUAGCGGUGAAGCCAGAGUCUGUGAAUAAGCUGGAGAAGCACAUGAAGGCGAUCAUAGCCAACCUGCCUGAGGACCUACAGUCUGUACUCAACACCUGACACGAUACUUUAGACAUGCAUACCAUGUCCAACCCUUACACGCAGGGAAGGGGGCCUCAAUGUACCACACAGGGACAUGUUUUACAAUGAAUACCUUCAUCAAGACUUGAAGCUCAUUUCCAGGCCUCAGACAGGGGUCAUCAUCUUCAUAUACCUAGACUCCGAGUAGUGGCCUUAUUCAAGCCCAAGGACAGUUGUUAUAUCAACAGUUUUGUGUCAAAUACAUUGAUUCUGAUGACAUAAGCCCUAUUGGUUUUUACUUACACACACAGGGUAGGGCUUUUAUGAGACAGAGGGCAGGUGCCACAAUCUAGACUUCACAGCAAUACUCCAUGUUUCCUGCCUGGGGUCUACAGGCUGGCAUUUACUGGAGUACAGUGACAAAUGUGUUUUACUAGUUUGUUCCUAAACACAAAAUGACAUAGUAACAAUAGUGAAGAAAUGAAUAAAAUGGCCUGUAUUUGUCAAACAGUACUCAUAUAGACAUGAUGUCCCUAGAUAGAUUUGUAUCGGACAUAGACAGGUUAAAAAAUAAACUAUUGCUUUUAAAGACACCAGUUAGAUCAGUGAAUAAUUUACCAUGCUGUGGAAGGUAGGUGUAUGUAAAUGCCAUCAGUUGCCCAUAUGAGGAAAGUUGAUGAGGAAUACUUCCAUCAUAAACAAUGCUAGUUUAGUAUAGUAAACUAGUAUAAACACAAAGAAAGACUUCAAAGACAACCUGUUAAAACCAAAACCAGUGAAAUGUAGGCUUACGGCCAUUCCAUUCAAACAAACAACACAGCUGAGGAAGGAACUUGAGCCAUCUCUCUUUAGAAACUUUUGAAAUCGUUGAAGUCAAAAACAAACUGGAACCUCCAACUAUAGUAUUUCUUUGUUUUGCCUAAUUGAAACUAUAAAGCAUUAACUGUUUUGCAAUUAUAUUGUAGUAUAUGUAUUUGGUAUUGCUAUCAGGGCACACAGAAUGCAGUAAUGGUUUUGAAUGUUCAGAACUUUGUUAAGUUAACAACAUUGUUAACAGCAUCUUUGUUAAAUUUCAAAUUGUUACUUGAUUGGAAGUUUUAUAGUUACACUUGUAAUUGUUGUAUUUCUAACAAGAUUUGAGGCAACUGCUUCAGCUGUACUUGUUUAAUAGAAAUAUAUGAGCAAAUCAGCAAAGAUUUCAUGUUAAAAAUUUAGUAACGUAACGAUCUCAUUUGUCAGUAUGUUAACUUUAACAAAGUUCUGAACAAUCAGCCUAUUGUAUGUUCAAAGGGCAGAGUAAUACUGAAAUAUCCAGUGUGUUUUUAUUGUGUGCUGGUCUAUUUAAGAGAGGCAAGGAGUAUUGUUAAACAUUCACAUCUCUUGAUUUCUUAAAUUCUUGCAUCAAAUAUUGUCAUCAUAUCAGACAUUCAUUAUUUAUGGAAGUUAUAAUUGUUGAUCAUAAGCAGAUUCAUUUUAAAGUUUGAAUUUUAUUUAAAGUACAACCAUGUGUGAUAAAGCAUAACAGACUGAAUGCAUGUAUGCUUUUUAUGGAUAUAAAUGGUUGUAUUCGCAUAAUUGACUGAGUCAUUUUCACAUCACAAUGUACUACUGUUGCUGAUUUGUGCCUAUUGCUACAGUGAAACAGUACUGCCAAUAAUCAUGUUUUUAUUCUCAUCAAGUAGGAUUCAUUCUCUUUUUAUUGCAUGUUGAAAUGUUUUAUCAUAAUAAUAAGUACAGGUGUAUUAAAUUUAAAUCAGUGAUGUUUUAAAAGAUGCUAAAUGAUGAGUUUGCACAUGAUUUUUUUCUGAACUGGGAGGAGUUGCUUAAGCAGUUUCCUAUCAAGCAUUAUUGACUGACUCCUAUCUGGGAGUAGGAUGUGAGGGGUCCCAUCUCCUAUAAAACAGUAAGCCUAUGUUAAUCUUUUUUUAGAUUUAGGUGGUUGGUUUAAUAAAGGUCCAUCUCACCUAGAGCUGUGGGAAACUAUUUUGCACUCUGCCUUUGCAACUCGCUCCCUGAUUUUUACAGAUUGGCUGGUCCUUUCGUCAUCUGAUGUUAUGGCUUUAAACUCUAUAAACAUGGUCAUGAAAUGCAUUUAAUAUUUUGUUUUAAAACUUGAUUGGUUUCUAAGAGGAAAUGUGUGAACUUUUUAAUUUAACAGAAAUGGGGUAACUUUUGUUCAACAAAUAACUGCAACAAACGGAUAUUUAUGAAACUCUACAAAUAUUGGCCAGGAUGUUUAUUUUUGUACUAGUGUCACUUAUAGCCACUGUGAUCACAUACUCCAGUUAAGUCUGGGUAGGGUGUUGAUUUCAAAUGGAAUGUGCCAAAUAUUAUUUGACAAUGACACUGCAUUACUAACUAGUAUUACAUUGAAACUGUGAACUCCUCAUUCGAAUCACUCAUUGAAUGCAGUUUCAUUGGAGAUAAAGAAAACUUGGAAGUAUCCAUUUUGCAAUGUUAAUGUUGUACUUUUAUUGUUUUAAAACAUAUUUUAACUCAUUUUUAAAGGUUUCACCUAUAUAUUGGGUUCAAUAUUUAAACCGUCUCACAUUCCUGUUGAAAUCACUCACAGUUCUCAUAACAUUGAUGUGUAAAAUAUGAUUGGACCUAAUAGAAUUUGCGAGGUACUAUGUAUUGACUUAUUAUGCUAUUUUAUGACUAAAAAUAUUUUCGUUUGUCCCUUUUGGUGUUAACAUUCCAGCUACGAAAACAGUAUAAUAAUGAUGACAGAAAUCAUUCAAGGACUUCUUUGCAAGAAAUAACUUGUAUCAAAGUUACGAUUAUUUCAUGUGUUUUCAUUAUUACUAAAACAGUUCUGUUUCCUUUGUUUUAACUUGUAUGAUAUAUUUGUAUUGUAGUGACCAUGUUUGAAGAUUGUGCUAUAUUUUUAAACAAAUAUAAAUGUUGACGUAAUGAUAUUAUUUUUU